CCUCUCUUUGCUCGGUGGGCGUGGUGUGAGUUGGGAAAACAAACUGCAGACACUCUCCGAUACUUCCUCUCCCUGCAUCAGCUCAGUUUCCCCGCGGCUCCUCGUCAGCUGGCCGUGCGUAAUUUCCCUGAGAGCCGAGGUGCGUCUUUUUGGUUUUUCUCCUCUCUCCUCCCCGUUUUGCGCGCCUGUUGUUGCGCACCGGGAGCUGCCACCUCAACACCUCCCACCAGCAAUACUCUUGAUUUCUUGUAAUCAAAUGGGGGGAGCAGACUGCGUCAGUGGGAGCCGGACGCCGACAGCACUUUGAACGGGCAAGCCUUCGGUUGUAGAGCAAGAGGAAACAACAAGACACUGACAAACAUGAGCGGCGGGGAGAUCAUCUUCCAGGGCUGGCUGAGGAAGUCACCGCCGGAGAAAAAGCUGAGAAGAUAUGCUUGGAAGAAACGCUGGUUCAUACUCCGCAGCGGCCGCAUGAGCGGUGACCCAGAUGUUCUCGAGUACUACAAGAACGACCACUCCAAGAAACCCAUCCGGGUCAUCGACCUGCACUGCUGCGAACAGGUGGACGCCGGCCUGACCUUCAAGAGGAAGGAGUUCCAGGACAGCUUUGUUUUUGACAUCAAGACCUCAGACCGCACUUUUUAUCUCGUGGCCGAGACAGAGGAGGAGAUGAACAAGUGGGUCCGCUCCAUAUGCCAGCUGUGUGGGUUCAACCAGUCGGACGACAACCACGAUGGCAGGUUACACCAUAUGCCCCGUUCUGUCGGAGCAGAUGUCACCGGCUCACUGGCUCCGCUGACCGGAGAACGCAAGUCCUCGGCCCCCAUCCACUCCAGCCAGCCCGUCCUCUUCACCUUUGAUGUGCCUGUGCGCCACACACACCACAGCUCCCUGUCCAACAGUGCACCCCAGGACUACCUCCUCCUCCACCAGUGCAUGAGCAGGAAGACAGAGAGUGCACGGAGUGCCAGUUUCUCCCAGGCCACGCGAAGCAAUCUAUUUGUUGGGAGCGACUCUGCGGUGCAGAAACUCUCCCAUGGCUUUUCACACUGUCUGAAUGGAAUGGGUGCUCAGCUGCACGGCUUCUACAGCCUGCCCAAGCCAGGAAAACACCAGUUACAGGGGCUUGAUGACUCCCCGCAGGAGGCCUGUUAUGUGCUUCCGCGAGGUUACAGCUCAGAGGCACCGGCCCACAGCGCUCUGGGCGAGCCGGAUCUGGAGAAUGAAGAGGUUUACACCUUCAACACGCCCUGCAACGCCCUUGCCACCGUGCACAACAACGAACGUCCGACUGACAAUUACGACCUUCCCACGACGCCUGGCUCCUUCUACCAGAUCCCCCGGACGUUUGAUAAGAAUCACAAUGCCUUGACACACUCCAGCUCUGAGUCUUCUUGUGCUCCUCCUCCCAGGCCCCCUAAACCUAGCCAGGGUUCAGAGGGGCAGUGGGGGAGUCCCCAGUCGGCAGGGAGCCAGAAUGGAGAGGUGACGCCAGCAGUGUCGGUUAUCCCACGCAGGAAUACUCUCCCUGCUGUGGAGAACAUCAGGCUGCACAGAGGUACCCUCUUUGAAACUAACAGCCAUCACCGUCCCAUCCAUUUCAACAACUCGGGCCAGUCUGUGGAGUCUGUCAAUGAUGGGUUCAGUUCCUACCUGAGAACCAAAGCGCCUCUGACUCGCUCAGACAGUGGCAACUCAGAUGACAACUAUGUGCCCAUGAAUCCUGGCUCCUCGCCACUCAGCGCUGCCCAGGCUGACAGCCCUAAAAAUAUCUACAUCCCUAUGAGCCCUGGGCCACAUCACUUUGAUUUCCCAGGAUUCUCUGCAACAUUACCUGCCCGUAAGGGGAGCAGCGCCUCCCUGUGUCACCGGCCCAGCCGCCUCAGUGAUGUCACACCGCCACCCAUCAACCGCAACCUCAAACCUAACAGGAAAUCGAAGCCAACACCUCUUGAUUUGAAGAACAAUGGGAUCAUUGAUGAGCUGCCAUUUAAGAGCCCAGUUACCAUGUCCUGGACACGGCCCAUGCCUGCUAUGAACUCCAUGUCCUCCCAGCAUUGUCGACCCAUCUCUACACAAAGCAUCACCAGCACCGACUCUGCAGACAGUGAGGAGAAUUAUGUGGCUAUGCAGAACCCAGCGUCUACCUCCCCAGCCGUGAGCGGCACCAGCAGCCCGGCCCCUAGGAAGUGUGGCAACGUGGACUACCUAGCGCUGGACUUCCAGCCUGGGUCACCCAGUCCGCACCGAAAACCAUCUACAUCCUCUGUGACCUCGGAUGAGAAGGUGGACUACGUGCAAGUGGACAAGGAGAAGACCCAGGCACUGCAAAGCACCAUGCAAGAGUGGACCGAUGUGCGGCAGUCUACUGAACCGGCCAAGGGGGUCAAGUCCUGACACUGACCUGUGCAAAACAAGGACCUUACGUGGAGCAUCUCUAGUAUCAUGUGUCUAUCAUUACUAUGAAUACUGGUUGGGCUUGAUUGAGACUGAAUUAUUUGGACACAAAGCCAUAACCUACCCUAUGCCUGUUCUCUGUGAUGAUUUUUACUGCAAUGCACUGCUAACAUGCAGGAUAUCAGGCCAUAUACAGGUGAAGCGUCCUGCCAAAGCUCUUCAUGCAGACUGUUAUAACAGUCUGUGGACAAUUGAUAAUGUGUAUGAAAAUAUCAUCCCAAUUUAUCAAUCCAUCCUUUAUGAAUUAAGUGUUUCCUGCCCAUCCCCCCCCCCUUGUAAUAGUCAAACAUUUUGCAUCUAGCAGGUUAUUUACCCAAUUGCUGCCAUUUAAAGGGGCAGCAGAGGCUAACUGGUCGAUAACCAUAUUAAUAUACUGUAAGAGUACGCUUACUGGUCUCAGGAAUGCCAAGAUGCACUCCAAUUUUGGCAUGCAGGCAGACUCUCUCUUUUCACUUCAAUCUAUCAUUUGUGCUGAGCCGUGCAGAAGCAGUGAAGAGAUUAUUUUCACUGCGGGCAAUCAUUUCAGCUUAGCAGUGCAUGUCUGGUAAGAGGAAGGGGGGGGGAAAUACAGCCUUACAACUACGUAAAGGCCCGUGUCAGAAGCUCUAAUGAUGACUGCACAUGGCUGUUGCCUCGGUUUCAAUUAAGUAUGAGCCCAAACCAUAUUUAAAAGCUGUCAGGCUGGAUGGCAGGCCAAUUACUUCAUUGCAGGUACAAAGUCAGGAACGUCUAAAUGUACAGAACCAAGAGAGCAAGACCGACGAAAAGAAAAAGAUGAAGUAGAAGAAGAAGAGACGCAUCUUGUAUCUUUGUAGGUUUGACGUCAGUGGGCAAUUCAGUUCAGGUAAUCUUCUACUACAUUUCAUCGUCAAUGUGCACUGUCCAAGAAAAUGAUUGUUGGAGAAGGUAUAAACAAAGCAGGAGGUGUACUUUCCAAGGAGUUCAGAUAUCCCCUCCAUCAUUCUCUCUCUCUUAUUCUCUCACUCUCCCUAGAGAUAAAUUAAAAAAAAACAUAAAUACAAGCUAAGUAGAAGGAGAAUAGCAUAUUUAUGCUUUCCUAAAUUCAACCAUUUACUGAUGUAUGUCUCCGGUCUUUGAUACGCCACACAGUACAGCUAUGUCUCUGAAGAGUAAUUGUUUCCUGUAUGUAAAUUAUUAAUAGAAUGACAUAUUUGCAGCACAGUUUGUUGACUGUUUGAUGCACUUGUCUGAGACAAAAGGUGCACUACAGUAAUGUAACAUUGUGCUUUUCUUGCAAAGGCAGUGUCCCACAAUGAAGAUUUCCCAGUGAUCCUAGUCACUUAAAAAUAAUUUAGGAAAGAAUGUUUUUCUUAAUUUCCUAAACCAUUUAUUUGUUUAAUUUGCCUUAUAUUUUUGUUUCAGUUUUGACUGUAAAUUUUGCCUUGGAGAAAUUUUAUUAUUCAAGUGAGAGCCAUAUUGUAUUUAGGACAACUGAAUGACCAGUUUCUUGUUCAACUUAAGUCCAGUAUUUCAUUGUGGGCUGGAACCACUAAAGGGUGAAUACCUAUUUGACCUUUCUAUGAAUUGUGUGGCCAUGCAGUGCUAGAUGGUAUUAUUGAUUAUUUCAUUAAGAUUUACUUCUUAAUGUUUUUCUACCAUUUUUACUGCUUUUUGUAUUCUUUUUAUCAUUAUUUUUUACUGAAACAUGUAAGCAAGUGAUAUUCAUAAGGACGGGGUCAGGCUAAAUUAAGCUAAGUUUGUUACAGCAUGUAUGUUAUUCUUUUUUUUUUUAUUCCCAAGUUGAAUUUGUAUGAUCUAUACAUGAAAUAGGGAGGCUGGCAGCUUGAGUUGCACUGGCAAAGCCCUCCCCGGGUGAACUGUGAUUCACAAAGAGUGAGGGAGGAAAGACAAGACUGAAGAAAAGCCUGUCUCCCUGUCAGUCUCUGAAGUGAAAUGGAUGUGUAAUUUAUUAUCUAGAGAUACCCGUUGUAAGCAGAAGAGCUGUGUAUGUGUUGUGGUAGAUUGUGAGUUGUAGUAUGUUAAAUGACAGCCUGACUGGGCGAGAUUGAAAAGCCUGCUCAGAUCUACUGUCAGACUGUCACUGGGUUGACGUACUGUACUAGUAGAGAUCAUUUUUUAACCACUGUUAUGCUACUACUGUAAAGCAUUUGCAGAUUGCUUGUGUGUUAAUUUAUUAAUUUAUUGUGCAUUAUGCAGUUGAUAAUUGUAGAAAGGAAAAAAAACCAACAUCUACCAAACAAGGAACCUUCUCUCUACUAACAUUGAUGUAUGCAAACUGUCUUGAUUUUGUGAAGCAAUAUGACAGACGAUGCCAGUGCGAUGGUAAUGUGGUACAGUUCAUUUGGGAUACAAAAAAAUACAAGACUUUGUUGUUCCUGUAUUAUGGUAGACUUAAACUGUGGACAUAGAAUAAAUCAAGAAGUGAAAGUUUGGUGUUAAGGUUCCUCUUUAAAUAUAAACCAAAAACACUGUAUUAUGGCAGCCACAAUGCCAUUAUUCAUCUCUCUCCCACACAUUCUUAAUUGGUGCUGUAAUGCACAGAAGCUGAAUGUCUGCUGCCCCCUGUUGUGUGGUACAGCACAUUCAUUGGCAUUGCUAAAGAUGGAUAAGAUGCAUAAGAGUUUUUGGAAGCUGAUAUACACACAUGUUGUUUGAGUCAGGAUGUAUGCCUUUACAUUGAGAAGUGUUUUCCUACCAGACAUUUACAAAUAUGCAGUGCCCCCCCCAAUUGCAUUCUAAGGACGCAGGAAAUGUGACCCAAACUGAGAACAAUGAUACAUUUAAUGUAUUAUUACUUAUAAAUAAAUAUUGCAAGAA